UAUGUUACAUCAAAUAACAUUUUAGUGACCAAAUAUAAUUAUCCUUUUAAAAAAAGGUAAAAGGGCUCCAAGUGUGUGGGCUUCUUUAAGGAAAGACACAAAUUUAAAAUAAUCAUUUUGAUCAAAUUCGUCCUGGUCUACAACCUUGCUUUAAGGGUAUUUAAGCUUUAAGUCGUAAGCAUUAAGAGACGUCAUUUCCGUCUCUAAAACAUUCCCACCCAAUAUUUAAGCAUUAGCAGUUAAAUUUAAGCGAAUUGCGCAAAACUCAAUUCUUACGGUCUCGAGCAUAAAGCUUAAAUGCAGACAUACCAUUUUCAUCCAAACAGCGAAGAGGACGUUUUGUCAGAGAAAAUACCGUCGACCGUCACUUGUGGAUAUAACCUCUCGGCUCUCAUCAUUUGCCGAUAUAAACCUUCGAUCAAUAAAUAGAUUAGUGAUAAUCGCAAUGGAAGACAUGGAAGAAGAAACAAUUAGUGAUGAAAUCCUCAUUACUUUGGUGCGAGAGAACCCGGUGUUAUAUGAUAAAAAACACCGGGAUUAUAAAAACCAGCAAGUGAAGAAAGACACUUGGAAUAUGAUACGAGAAGUAUCUGGAUUAUUAUCAUCAGUUGAACAAUUAGAGAGCAGAUGGAAUCAGCUGCGGAAUCAAUUUGGAAAAAAGUUAAGAGAAAGGAAAACAAAACCAGCUAGUGGAUCAAGUGGAGGAUCAGCAGCAAAGAAAGUGGAAUGGCAUCUCAUGGGAGCUAUGUCAUUUUUGAUCCCAUAUAUUGCUCAUCGAAAAGGUCGUAGUUCUAUGGGGAAUGUACGUUCUGCUACACCACCCAUGUCAUCUAGAGUCGAGAAUGUAUGUUCUACUACGCCUCCUCUGUCACCCAGAAGCGGGAAUGGACAUUCUGCUACACCACCCAGAACCUCUUCUCCCAUAUUGCUGUCACUAGUACCGUCUAACCAUCAAGAAGCGACUCCAAUCAUCGAGGAGUAUCUUGAUGUAGUAGUGUACCCUGAUGAUAUGCUUACUAGUAAUAACGAUAGUCAAUGCGAUAAUACUACAGGUUCAGACAGUACAAAUUCUCAAAAAAUUAAGUCAAAAAAUUCUAGUACAACAAGGAAGAAAGUUGUUCCUGAUUCAGAUAAUUUUGCAAAAAAAAAACAAAAAAAUGACGACGUUGUAAGUAGCUACCUGGAACAGUCAACCUCAGCUUUAAGUAACCUUGCCAAAACUGUGCAGAAUUCAAUAUCUGAGUCUGCUACUCUCAAAGUCGAUGAGCAAAAGUAUAAAAAUCCUUUUGCUGAGACCAUUUUUGUUGCAUUCAGUCAAGUGCCAGUGGCACAACAAAUGGAUUGUUUAAUUGCUAUAUUGAACACGAUUAAAACUUACCAAAAUGUAUGAAGAAACUGUACUGUUAAACUGGUUUAUUAAUUAUUUCAUAUUUUAAUUAUUAUAUCUUUAUUUUUAGUUUCUUGAAAGUUUAUUUUUUUGUGAAGCAAGUGCCAAAGCACAUUAGUAUUGAUUGAGAUAAACAUGACACAUGAAACUGAAUGCAACAUGUAUUAGCUGUAUUGAUCAGUUAUUCUUUUAGUGUUAAUCCUAUUGACUAAUUUUUUUAUUACGACGUUGAAAUGGCUGUGUUCAAUAGAAUGUAAACUUAAUAAGCGAUAAGAUUUGUUUGGUGCAAUUUUAUUUGUAAAACUUUGACAUAAUUGCUUAUAGAUCUUACUAGAGGAUCUCUAGUUUAAGACUGAUAUGAUAGUACAAUGUAUUAAAUAGAGGUUUUUUUUCAAUAUUACUCGAUAUUAGAAUAUUGAUAUGAUAAAAAAUAUUAUUAUUUUGAAAACUUGUUCAGAUAUAUUUGUUAUAAAAAUAAAGUUUUAUAUUUACAAGAAACGUAAUAAGUGUUUCUUUAACUUAAGGUAUUUUAUUUAUUAUCUAGAUACAUAAUUAUAUCACUGAUACAAUGGAUCAAGCGUGCGCGCAUAAUAUAUGAUAAAUUUUACACACACACACACACACACACACACACACACACUCUCUCUCUCUCUCUUUCUUUCUUUUUCUCUAAAUAACAUUCAGAGAUUUAUUGUCUCUGGCUCGAUCACAACUUUCUGUGCUAUGUAAGCUUCUCAUUAGAGAUAGAUGGCUCGAUAAUGGGAAUACUGAAUUCUAUCAUUUAAUACACAAGUAAUAAGCAGAGAUUUGCGAUUUUACAAAACAAAAAAAACUGAAAAAUUACGAAACUGCAUGCAAUUUAAAGCUGCAAAUGUAGCUGAAAUUAACACUAAAAAUGCACUAAUAAUAAACACUAACAAUACACUUUUAAUUUAAUAAUUUCAUAUAUUCUAUAUGUCUAAGGAACAUUAAUAUUACGGCCACGAAAAACAACACUCCAUUGCCAAGGAACUUGACCUUCUUCAUGGUUGACAAGGUAAUCUGCAAGAGUAUCUCUUUGGUUAACAACUGCUGCAGCUGCACGGUUUCCACCUACUCUGUGCAAAUUCUGAAUAUUAAGUGCUUGGACAUCGUUUCUCCAUUCUCCUGGAAUUAUACGUCUAUCAUCAUCCUCUUGAUCGACAUAAGCAGGGGGACAAUAUCGUUUAUAACCCCGUUGAUGUUCCUCUCUUUUCAUUAUAAAGUUGUGUAGGCACACAGUUGCAUGUACAAUACUUUCGACUGAAUCUGGGA